AUGGAAAAUAUGCUCAUGGAUUGUGGGAGGCCUCCAGGCAAGAAGGAUGAAAAAGAAAGAGAGAAACAAAGAAAAUGUAAGAAAAGACAAGUUAAUGGUUUUAAUGAGACCUUAAGGCACAUGAAAGAUGAUAGAAAGACUUGUAUAAUGGAGAGAAAAGAAACAAUAAUGAAGUUUAACAAUGAUAGAUCUGAGUUACUACUUCUUAAGAAGAGAAAACUUAAGAUGGAAAUUAAGGCCGAGAAAGAUAGAUAUGAAUUAAUAGCUAUAAAGAAGAGGAAAACUGAUAUAGAAACUAUGAAAUUGGAUAUUGAUUCCAUAAAUUCUAUGCAGCAAGAGUAUUUCCAUAAUUUUCAAAUGGAAAUCAAUAAGAUACAAAAGAAUAAGUGGUUUCGAUUGGGUGAAUUGCUGGUGGAGUUGCUACUUGCUGGUGGUGGAGUUGCUGAUAUUUUGUUGCUAGUUGCUGGUUUCCAUCAGUCUCAGGCCGAUCAUUCUUUAUUUACUCUUGUCACCUCCACCUCCAUUACUCUUGUUCUUGUUUAUGUUGAUGAUAUCUUGGUUGUUGGUUCUUUGAUUUCAAAUAGUAUGGAUUCUACUACUAGUAGAAGUAGAGAUUGUGGAGACAAGGCCAGUGAUCCUGCACCGGCGGAGGCUUCCACCCCGACGACGGCAUGUACUUCCACCCCUAGAGCCCCAUCUAGGGCUGCAUCUAGACCAGCAUCUAGAGCAGCUACUUCCUGUGCAUCCAGUCGACUCCCAGUAGAUAUAGAAGGAGAAGAUGAAGAUAUGUUCAAUGAAGAGGAGGAGAUGGCAGAUGUGCCCAUUGAGCAAGAUCAACCACCACGGCCUUCUAAAAAACGGUCGUGGACAUGGGAACAUUUCACUAAAAUUCCUGGUGAUAAUGUGAACCCUCAAGCAAGAUGUAACCACUGUGGGCAACUUUGUAGUUGCCAUUUGAAGAAACAAGGCACCAGUGUACUGAUAGCACAUCUUACCGGUUGCCAGCGGUAUAAGAUUGCGAAGGGAUUGGCAGCCACUGACACUGAUCAAACCAAGCUGAGUUACGAAACUCAAAUGGCAACUGAUGCUGGCGGAUCACAUGUUAAGAAGCUUAUAAUCCCUCAAUAUAGUGAGAAGAUGUUGCGGAAUUUACUUGCAGAGAUGAUCAUUACUGAUGAGAUGCCUUUUACCACAGUUGACAAGAAAGGCUUCAACAAAUUUGUGCGCUGUCUUGAGCCACAUUUUCCAAUGCCUUCACGGUAUACAGUUAUGCGUGAUUGUUUAAAGAGGCAUUUGAAGGAGAAGACGGAAAUGAAAGAGAUGUUUUCUCGAACUGGCCAGAGAGUGUCAUUCACCACUGAUACAUGGACGUCCAUACAAAAUGUGGGCUACAUGUGUAUCACAGCCCACUUUAUUGACAGUGAGUGGACACUGCACAAACGGAUAAUUGGAUUUAAAGAGAUUGUUGAUCAAAAGGGUGCAUCCAUUGGUGUAAUGAUGGAUGAUUGUAUUCAAGACUGGGGAAUUAAAAAAGUCCUUUGUAUCACAGUUGACAAUGCUAGUGCCAAUGAUACUGCAAUUGAGUGGUUCAAGAGAAAUACAACGGUAAAAGAAGAUAUCAUUCGUGGACACGAGUUUAUACAUGUCCGAUGUUGUGCUCAUAUCAUCAACCUCAUUGUUUCAGAGGGGUUGAAGGAGGUUGAUGAUUCAAUUACCAAAGUGCGCAACAUUGUGAGAUAUGUGAGGACUUCCCCCAAAAGGCUUGGCAAGUUUAAGGCGAUAGCAGAACAACUUCAGAUUCCAUGUUCCGCUAUGUUGUGCUUGGACGUUCCGACUCGAUGGAACUUCAUAUAUAUGAUGUUGGCGGUGGCGCAGAAGUACGAAAGGGCAUUCCAGCGAAUGGAGGUCGAGGAUGAGGGUCUGAGGUAUGCUUUGAUGGAAUCUACUGGGGGGAGAAGGGGACUCGGUGCGCCGGAUGCAGUUGAUUGGGAUCGUGUGAAGUCUUUCGUUGAUUUUUUGAAGUUAUUUUAUGAUACAACUAUGCGGAUAUCUGGAUCCAAAUAUUGUACUGCAAACUUGUACUUCGACGAGCUUUCGAGGAUUCAUGAUCACUUGCAACAUAAUUAUGAGAAGGCUGAAGAGUUUAUUAGAGAGUUGAGAAAGGAUAUUGAUGACUUAUAUGGUCACUACAACAAUAAUAGUCAUCCUACUCUAGCCAGUGGUAGCCGUAGCUCCUCACACCCGACCAGUUCGACAUCUUUCGGUGAUUACACUGCUUCUGCUGCAUCUCUUUCAUCACCAUUGGUGCAGCGAUAUCAUCAAAGGCGUGCAUCGAGGAAUAUUAUGCAGUGUAGAUCUGAGGUUGAACGCUAUUUGAUGGAAGAUGUCGAGGCACCUAGUGAUGCAUUUCAGUUAUUAACUUGGUGGAAGGUUCAUUCCACCAAGUUUCCUAUUCUUUCCCGAAUAGCUCGAGAUUUGUUGGUUAUUCCUAUCACUACGGUUGCCUCUGAGUCGGCAUUUAGCACUGGAGGUCGUGUGUUAGAUGCUUAUUGGAGUUCAUUAUCAGCUUCAACUGUGGAGGCCCUCAUUUGUACACAGAAUUGGCUAUGUGAAAUGCCCAUUGGAGUAGAUAUUAUUGAUCCCGAAAGCUAUAGGCUUGAAUCAGACCUACUCGUGAACCCUAUCAUAGUUGCAGAUGAGUGA